AUGCCUACCCUAUCCCUGCCUCGAUCGCACCGCCGUUCCCUCUCCCAUCGCCGCUCUCCCCCUCCCCAACAGGUGCUGUUCGAGUCAGCCACAGGGCUCGCGCUCUUCUCGUCCUCGUUCGUCGAAGAGGUCGGCAAAUCCGCCAAGAAUGUGCAGGCCUCGAUCGACGAGCUGAGCAAGUUCGGCAAGAUGGUCAAACUCGUCUCGUUCGUGCCGUUCCAGGACGCCGCGCAUGCGUUGGAGGUCGCGAAUGAUGUUUCAGAAGGUGCGUUCUUCUGCUGCGUUCCGUUCGAGAGAACGGUUCGCUGCUGUCACACGGGGGCCAAAAAGGCAGGGUCAUGUCACCUCCGCUUCGGGCCUUUCUACUGGCGACGACUGUGCCUUCCAACAUCCUACGCAAUCAAGCCAACGGACUGACCUGUCACUCCUCGCUCCCUAUCAGGUGUCGUCCACGAGUUCCUGCAGGGCCUGCUCGAGCUCAACCUCGGCAAAAAAUCCGGCGUCGUCUUGGGCGUCGAGGAACGCGGCCUCGCUUCGUCCAUCAAAUCCAUCCUCGGCAUCGACUGCGACACCUCGGACCGAUCGCUCGAACUGAUCCGUGGUGUCCGACUCCACUCUGAGAAACUCCUCGCCGGCCUCGAACAUGGCGAUAUGAGUCGUUCGCAACUCGGUCUCGGACACGCCUACUCGCGCGCCAAGGUAAAGUUCAACGUCAACCGAUCCGACAACAUGAUCAUCCAGGCCAUCGCUUUGCUCGACCAACUCGACAAGGACGUCAACUUGUUCGCGAUGCGUGUGCGCGAAUGGUACGGGUGGCACUUCCCCGAAUUGGUCAAGAUCGUGCCCGACAACUACCAGUACGCCAAGGUCAUCAGCUUCAUCGGUGACAAGACGACUCUCUCGGACGACUCCGUCGAAGGCUUGACCGAACUCUUGGAGAACAACGAUGUCCUUGCCCGUAACGUCGUCGAUGCCGCCCGUGCGUCCAUGGGUACCGACAUCUCCCCGAUUGACCACCUCAACAUCAAGAACUUUGCCUCUCGCGUCAUCCACCUCUUCGAAUACCGCAAAUCGCUCCAAGCCUACCUCUCCGAAAAGAUGGGUGUCGUCGCUCCCAACUUGGCCAGCCUGAUCGGGGACACCGUAGGAGCUCGCUUGAUCUCGCACGCCGGUUCCUUGACCAACCUGUCCAAAUACCCCGCCUCGACGGUCCAAAUCCUCGGUGCCGAAAAGGCCUUGUUCCGCGCGCUCAAGACCAAAGGCAACACACCCAAAUACGGUCUCAUCUACCACUCGACCUUCAUCGGUCGGGCGGGGACCAAGAACAAGGGUCGCAUCUCGCGUUUCCUCGCCAACAAGUGUUCGAUCGCUUCCCGCAUCGAUUGCUUCUCCGAUGCACCUUCGACCAAGUUCGGCGAGGUCUUGAGGGGACAGGUCGAGGAACGUUUGGCUUUCUACGAGUCGGGCGCGAACCCUACCAAGAAUGCGGACGCGAUGAGGAAGGCUUUGGACCUCGUCAAGGCUGAGAAUGCGGGCAAGGACGUUGAGGAAGUCGCUUUGCCCGGGAUGGAUGUCGAUGAAGAUGAGGCUGAGGCUGAGAAGCCGAAAAAGAAGAAGGACAAGAAGCGCAAGGCUGCUGGCGACGAUGAAGAGGAACCGAGCAAGAAGGUCAAGGCUGGGGAGGCGAUUGAGGAUGAUGGAGAGGCAGCAAAGAAGGAGGCGAAGCGGUUGAAGAAGCUCGCCAAGGCUGCGCAAAAGGCCGCGGACGAGCUCGAGGCCGUUGCGGAGGACAAGUCGGAGAAGAAGGAAAAGAAGGAGAAGAAGGAGAAGAAGGAUAAGACGCAGAAGAAGGAGAAGAAGGCCAAGGCAUAA